AUGAGCUGUGCUGCAAAGAAAAACCUCAUGAUAUCCUUGCUGUUGCUACCAUUUUACUUUGUUCCAACAGAAAAUGGAUAUGUUUUUCCAUUAUCUCCAUUUAAAGUUGUUAUCCGCAGUGGCUUUGAUCCAAAGGGACCAAGCUCUCUCAGCUUAAAAUGUUAUUCUGAUGCAGAUGGUCUUGAAUUUCGAGUUCUUAAAUCCGGAGAAGAGUUUUCAUGGAAGUUUAGGAUGGAUUUCUUCUUUGGCACCAUAUUUCGUUGUAACUUUGGCUAUAAUAAUCAUUGGCAAAAAGGAUUUGUAGUUUUUGACAGCAAUAUAGCUGAGUACCCUUGGACAGAAAUUAAGGGCACUUAUGUUUGCUUUUGGUACGUGAAAGAGGGUGGAUUCUACAUGGGCUAUGAGUAUCCGAGCGUUGCGCCACAAACCCUAAAUUGGAAGGGCUCUGCAAGUUGGACACCUAAUGAAACCAAAGUAGCAGCAGAAGAAGGGUUCACUAUUGCUGGUGCUUUUCAGUUAUCCCUGGCCUCCACACCCCCAUGA